AUUUAAUUAAAAACCUAACGGCUAUCAGAAAGAAUCCAACACUAGAAGGUUGAGAGAGUCUUCUCCCUCACAGAUUGAUUCGUCCGUUCAAUUUCAAUUCUCUCUGCUUCAAUUCCCCCUCUCUACCAUCCGGAGCUCUUCAAUCUCUUCUCAUCUUGCUCGCAUAUCCGCGUCCAUGGCUUCUUCAGACUGCAACAAGGAGAAUCGGGGCUCGCAUCCGACUGGGCUUGUUCGGGUCGUCGCGAGGAUCAGGGGCUUCACGAAUCGAGAGCGCGAGCUUGCUAAGAGCUCCCUGACGCCGUGGAUUUCGAUUCAGAAGCCGAAAGGAGAGGCUUCGGAUGCUGUCACUCUUUCUUUCGAAGAUCAAUCCGCAAGUCAAAAGGAGUCAUGCCAAGUCCAUUACUGCUAUGACCAAGAUGAAAAUACUGACAUGAUGUAUUCAAGGGAGAUUAAGCCCCUUGUUUCUGGCAUUUUUGAUGGUCGCGACGCCACGGUUGUUGCAUAUGGGGCUAUAGGAAGUGGAAAGACAUACACCAUUCAGGGUUCUGAGGAGAAACCAGGAUUGGCUAUACUCGCCAUGGAUGAGAUGAUUUCAACAGCUGAAAGGCUCGGAAUAUCAGUUACCAUAUCCUUGUAUGAGAUAUAUCAGGAGCAUGCAUAUGACCUCUUGAAUCCAGAACGACCAACUGUUAUGGUACUGAAAGAUGUUCAGGGAAGAAUUAAACUUAAGGGGCUUUCUCAGGCUCCUGUGAAAUCCGUGUCAGAAUUUUGCAAGACCUAUCUCUCUGCAAGCAGCCCUCGGAAAGCAAUACAGAAGCAUGCAACUCAACUUUCUCGAAGAAGUCAUAAGUGUUUGAUAGUAAAAUUUGUGACCCCUACUAAUUCUGAAGUAUCCCAUGUUGGCAAAAUGAACUUUGUGGACUUGGCAGGUUACGAGGAUCCUCGGAGGAAGAGGAGUGAUUGCACUAAAAUUGCGGAGAAUAAUGCACUGAGCAAGUCUCUGUAUGCAUUACAAAAGGUUGUUUUGGCAUUGAAUGCCAACGAAAGCCAUAUUCCUUUUCGAGAAAGCAAACUCACUCACAUGUUGCAAGACUCACUCGGAGGCGUGAAUGGACUUAUAUUCAUUGCUUGCUUGAAUCCAUCCUUUUGCCAAGAUUCCAUUUAUAUGGCAAGCUUGGCUUCUCGAACUUAUCAAGGAAUUCGUCAAUCUAUCAUGGACUCCACAAAGAAAACCAAGAGUUUGAACAGACUAGCGGCUUUGUCCUCAGGCAAGCCUAGAAUUCCUCAGAGUAGUUCUGCAAGUAUGAAGAAGCAAACUGGCUCUCGCAUGCAUUUUCUACAAAAGAAAGUCAGUGGAGCAACUGUAAUUAAAGGAAAGAAAUUAUUUGAUGAAGCAAAUAAUUCGAAGAAGUAUAUGAAGGCAACUUCAACUUCAACUUCUUGUGUUGCUUCAACCAUGAAAACUGAGACACCGGAUAAGGCAACUUCCACAGUAACAGUUCCUUUCUUUGAGACAACCGUUAAUACUGAGACGGGGGAUGAGGCAACUUCCACAGUAACAGUUCCUUCCGUUGAGACAACCGUUUAUACUGAGACAGGGGAUGAGGCAACUUCCACAGUAACAGUUCCUUCGAUUGAGAUAACCCCGCCCCUGGAGGAGGAGUCCUCUGUGGAUGCUGCUAAAGCAGCAGCACCUUUGAAAGAGGUGUCUGAGCAUGCUUCCCAGAAGAGCUUGGAGAAUCAGGUGGAUCUUUCUUCUGAAGCCAGUUGCACCACAGAAGCAUUGUCUCUCGAUAAAGAAGGUGAUAUUAUGGAUAAGGAGAACACCGUACAGUACAUUGAUGUGGGUGGAUCACCACCACUAUGUGCUAGAUUGAGGGAGAUAUCCAGCAAUUUGAAAUUAGUUGAUUCAACUCCAACCUGCAUUGACUUGCCAAAGCAGGGCAACCUUCCCUGUGAUGGUCAAAUUUCUGCUGAACCCAAGGACUUUGAGCCAAGGACACCCCCGUUUGAAUCUGGUAAAGGAAAUGAGAGGCCAUACUUGAAUACUCCUCGAGAAGUAUCUAAGACAUGCUAUUGUGGAACCAAGAACUCCCUUGUUCAGGAGUAUCUUCGCUUUGUAAACAGCGCUAGCAAGGAGGAUCUAAAGGGAUUGAAGGGAAUCGGAGAGAAGAGAGCUACUCGCAUCCUCGAAAUUCGUGAGGAAUCUCCAGAACCAUUCAAGAGUCUGGAGGAUCUAAAGGACAUUGGCCUCUCAGCGAAGCAGAUCAAAGGUAUGUUCGCAAUGAAGUGAAAACUGCCUGCAAAUCUCUCUGUGAAAGAAAACGAAGCUUCUGUAUUGGCAACAGUGGUUGCCUAAUUCAGCGAAAAAAAAAAAAAACAGUGGUUGCCUAGAACUAUCUAUUGGUUGUCCCUGUUGUCCUUUUGAUUUGUUGUAACAUGUAGAGGGGAAAGAAAUAUGAUGAUUUUCUGUCAAGUAGAAAACGUCAGCAAUACUAAUAACACUAUUGUUUCUA